AUGCGCUGGCAAGACGCGACUUGUGCCGAUGUCCAGCAACGGAAAGUGGAAGUGAAUGAUCGAGAGAGGUCUUUAUAUGGCAACAACAACAUCAAUUUAAGAUUGUUGACAGCGUCCCGCCAACAAGGCGCUGGGUCUUCACGGGACAACAAGCUUAUCUCGAUCUGGUUGGUAAUUCGACUCGAUUGUGCCAUACCAUACGAACAGCCAUUGCCGCAUCAUCUUCCUGGCGCGACUCCAUGCUCUCCGCCUCACGAUUAA